AUCGAUGCCCGAGUAACCGAUCGGAAGUUGAAAGUCCACAGCAGUUAAUUUCUAUCCCUUUAUUUUUGCUCUGUUGUUGCUAACACUCGCUGGUGGUUAAAGCGGAAUGGAUACCGACUUGAUUUUCUCCUCUCGUCGGUCACCUGUGGUGUGUUUACACGGCUGUGUGGCGUCCAGCCAGCCGCUAGCUACCAACACAGGACUCGACAUCUUGAAGCGUGGUGGUAAUGCAGCAGAUGCUGCGGUUGCCAUAGCAGCAGCGCUGGCGGUAACAGAGCCGUUCAGCACCGGUCCUGGUGGAGACGCCUUCUGCUUGUUUUACAACGGAAACACUGGAGAGAUCAGAGGAAUUAAUGGCAGUGGUCGUUCGGCCAGAGCUCAGACCCUGGACUUCCUGGAAGGACAUGGGUACACUGAAGAGGCCCCUCCUUUACCUUCUGAUGUCUUGAAUGUCACAGUACCAGGGGCCCCUGCAUGCUGGUGUGAUACUGUACAGCUGUUUGGUAGUCACAAGCUGUCCCUGCAGGAGGUGCUGAGCGGGCCGACAGAGCUCGCAGAGGUGGGGUUUCCUGUUGCCGAGGUAACAGCUCACCACUGGGCGAAAGGGGUGGCUGCUCUGAGAGAUGCAGGGAAGGAACUAGGUGGAGACCUGCUCAUUGAUGGUCAUACGCCCAAAUGUGGACAAGUGUUCAGAAACCCUAACCUGGCCCAGACCUUGAAGGAGCUCGGUGAGCGUGGCAAACCAGCUUUCUACCAGGGCAGAGUGGCCAAAGCCAUCGUUGACAUCAUCAACCAAAACGGAGGAGUCAUGACCCUGGAUGACCUCAGCAGGCAUGACAGUGAGGUCAUCUCCCCCAUAAGCACAGAGUACAAGGGUGUGCGUCUGUGGGAGCCUCCUCCUAACAGUCAGGGAUUGACUGCCCUGCUGCUUCUCAACAUCCUGGAGAACUUCCCUCUCAAAGCUGCAGGCCAUAACAGCUCGGACUACAUCCACACACUGGUGGAGACUGUGCGCUUGGCAGUAGCAGAUGCUCUGUGUUACCUGGGCGACCCAGACCAUGUGACCAUCCCUCUGGAAACCUUACUGGACAAGAGCUACAGCCACCAGCGAGCGCAACGCAUCAGCAUGGACAGGACCAUGAAAGAAGUGGAGCCUGGCCCAACGACAGGAAGUGACACUGUCUAUUUCUGUGUGAUUGACAGUGAGGGCAAUGCCUGUUCAUUUGUCAACAGCAACUAUAUGAGUUUUGGAAGUGGGCUGGUCCCUAAGGAUUGUGGAUUCUCACUACAGAAUCGUGGUGCCUGCUUCUCUCUGCAUCGUGAUCACGUUAACUGUGUUGCAGGGGGGAAGCGACCAUAUCACACCAUAAUACCUGCACUUCUCACUGUCUCUGCAACCAAAUCACAAAAACCACGACUCCUCGCUGCACUGGGGGUGAUGGGGGGUUUUAUGCAACCGCAAGGACAUGUCCAGGUGUUGUUAAACAUGUUGGAGUUUGGGAUGAAUCCUCAACAAGCUCUGGAUGCACCAAGAGUCUAUGUACACUAUGACCCUAAAACUCAUCAGUGGUUGGUCAAUCUGGAGGAGGGGAUCGACCAGGAGGUAGCAGAAGAGCUGAGAAGACGGGGCCACAAAGUCAGCUGGCCAAUCACAGGCCAUCAGAGGGCUCAGUUUGGGCGGGGACAGAUCAUCACAGUGGGGGACUGGUGGAACCCAUCUGUCAGUCAAGCUGAUCAUCCAUCCAGGGUGCUGUGGGCGGGAUCCGACCCAAGAGCAGAUGGAUGUGCUCAGGGAUACUAGACCUACAGUAUGUGACCUCCUCUCCUGUUCUGUGUUGAUGUAAUAUCAAGGUACAUUAAAACCAUAAAGGUUUCAGAAGGCAAAUUCCUACAUGUGGAAUGUGGCUUCAAGUAACCAAGUGAAUUUAUUACCCCAUAAAUUCUUGACGACAACUCAGGUUUAUAACACAAUCAUAUCACAGCAUCAUCAUAUAACAUGUCACACAUUUUAUCUGUGACCUGCAGUAAAGUUUGACUUAAGAUUGUGCACCGUAUUUCAUAGUUUGUCAAGGAAUCAUUGGCACUACCGUCCUAAUUUUAUUCCAAAUCCUCCUAAGUUCAAGCUACAUUUUUAAGUCAGUGUACUCUUUUGUUUGCUCUUAAAUAUAGAACAACGAAUUAGAAAACAAAUUUUUGUGUAACACUUCACUAAAAAUCUCAGAUGCCAUUCAUCAGCUUUGUAUUUUGGGUGAGAUAAUUAUCCGUUUCAGUGCCUUUGCUGGUCAGUUCAGUUGCUGCUGGUCCAGAAGGAAAACAAUAUCAUUACAUAUAAAAACUUCCAUCCUAAAUAAAUGAUAGUUGCAUCUUUACUCUGGUGGACAUUUUACAAAAUAAACUUUGAGAUAAUGUAAUAAUGUCAUUUAAGUCAAGUCAAUCAGUGUUACGGUAUAUCUUAAUUCAAAUUCCGUUUGCAUCAUUUUCCUAGACUUUUAAGUGAAGUAUAUUUGUAUCUGCUAUUGCUGGAAACAAACUGAUUUAACUUUGUCUGUAUUUAAAAUAAUCUGUGAAAUAUGCUGGAUACAAUCAUGAUAUUGUACGUUUUUACAAAUGACAAAUAAAUCGAAUUUAUUUUUUA